UGUCUCUCAGUUAUUGGACUUGAUCUCUCCAUCUCUUCCUCUUUUACCUGUUGGGCUUCUGCUCUCUCUCUGUUCAUCAUGGAUCUGUCCUUCAUGGCAGCACAGAUCCCCGUGAUGACGGGCGCUUUCAUGGACUCGUCUCCAAACGACGACUACAGCACGGAUCACUCGCUCUUCAACUCCUCAGCCAGUGUUGCUCUUCACCAGCAGGAGGCACCGCAGCGGGUUUCCCGUGAUGCUAUCUGGCUCUGGAUUGCCAUUUCUGCCACCAUCGCAAACAUUGUGGUGGUCGGAGUCGUCUACGCCUGCACCUUCUGAAUGGAGGAAUUUUGGGAAAUAAACACCUAUAGAGCAACAGACUGCUGAUUUAUUCUGGAUUAAAAUCAUAAAACCAGUCAGUAAUCACGCCAAUCACAUGACCCAUUCAGGUGAAGCUAAUCCAGGAUCCUGUUUCCAUCUGCUCAUCUCAUACAGUACGACUCGUGUCUGGAUUAUAUUCUGAUCCGUUUUUAUCAACAUGUGUUUACACUUCAAACAUGUCACCGGUCACUCAGACUGAAAUCUUAUUGGUCCAUUAGGCGUUAAUAUGCAAAUUAGCUCAUUACAUUCACACACCAGCUUCUUGUGUGGUUCCUUUAUAUGUAGUGGUUUUAUCAACAUGAUCAUUGCUGCAUUAAAAGUUCUGCUUUUUGUUUAUUUGUUAAAUGUGGUUUAGAGAGAGUUUAAAAUGAUCAGAUUUAGAUCUGCUAAGAAUACAUUUCAUAAUCCUGAUACUCGAGACACAUGAAGCAACGGAGCGUGAACAGGUCCAACUCGAAUAAAAACAUAAAAUGUACAAAUCUCAAUACAUAGUUAAAGUUAAAGUCACUAAAAUGUGUUAUUCACAGCAAUAGGUACAUUUGUUUGCUUUGUUAGAAUGAGGAAUUCAUGAACAUUAGAACCUCUGAUAAAUAAACGUAAUAAAUAUCCUUAAUACAUGUAGCGCAGCCCAGCGUGCUUUAGGACUGUAAGAGACAUUACACAUGUACGACACGAGGCUGCAGAGAUCUUUUCUCUGGUUUGGUUUUACAUUAAUGAAGCGAAUCGUAGACAUGUUCACGGCACGACCUUACUCAUGUAGCACAUUUACAUUUAUUUUCUUCUUUCUGAAAAAAUUCAAAGCAAUUUAAGGUGUAUCUGACUUUUACUAAAGCUUUUUCUUUUUUUUAAAAUCCUAGAACAGGGUUUGUAAACUGCAAACUGUAGAAUAAAUUUGUCGUCACUUUACAAGUGCUUUACAGUUAAAAAGAAAGGAGAAUGCUUCAGAGGAAAGGAAUUAGAGAGGAAGCACAAUCACUCACAUGACACGAUUAACACAGUUUUGGGAGGGACACAAAUUCAAAUCCUCAUACAGGCUUUGCCAUAUUUAUUUAUUUAUUAUUUUUUAUGCACAUCAUUGUUGAGAGUUCUUGGGCAUGUAUAUAUUGUUUUAUUAUAUCAGUUAAUGUUUCUUUUGAUACUUGAUAUGCAGAAGUCAUGGCAAAAUGACACCACACAGUUCUGUACCGAUCAUAUCAAGAUUCAUUUUUUUGGUUUGUUUAUUUGUUUGUUUAUUAUUCAUAAAGACAGGGUGUUGAUGUGACAGAUUUAAUAUAGUAUAUUUAUUUAGCAUUUUAAAUAUUUUUGUUGUUGUUGUUGUUUAAAGUGCAAUUUAGCCUUGAGGUUACGAUAGUAUUUUUAAUGAGUCGUAAUGACUUUCUGUUCACAUUUUGAGAGAAAUUAAAUAAAUAGAAGAAUAAUUUGUGUAAUAUUUAUGAACAUUUUGUAUAUAUUGGAUAUUUUCGCCUUUAGUAGGCUAAUUGUGUACGUAUGUAUUUUUUGAAGCUUUAAAUGUAUAGAAUACACAGAAUAUUAUUUUAUCUUUUUUUUUGUCUCUGCUGAGUUUGUUGAUGAAUUUUGAUAUAGAAAUUAAAUCAACCUUACAAUCAAGUCUGAAGUGUUUAUAGACUGAUUUUGCUAAUGCACAUUAUAACAGUAUAUUUCUCUGCCCUGCUGCUGACCGGUGGAACUGCAGCUGUAUUUCUUUUCUCAGAUUGCAAACCUUUUCAGCCGCAGAAGCCUUUAUUUGUCAGAUACACAUUACAGCACAGUGAAAUUAUUUUCUUUACAUAUCCCAGCUUGUUAGGAAGUUGGGGUCAGAGCACAGGUUCAGCCAUGAUGCAGCGCCCCCUGGAGCAGAGAGGGUUAAGGGCCCAACAGUGGCAGCUUGGCGAUUGUGGGAUUAGAGCUCACAACCUUCUUAUCAGUAGUUCACUAGACACUGACUGUUGUCUGUGGGCUAUAACUGCUGUAGCUCAACAUAAAUAGCUAAAUAUCUAGUCAUGUGUUAGAGCACACAUUUAACCUCUUUAACUCUUCUGUUAUCCACCCUCUGACAACAAACUCUAACAUCACAAAUAUCUUUACCUGUCUAUUCUUUUAAAAUUUCACCAACCCAAGACAAUAAAGAGAGAUUUUGUCUAGAUUUCUGCUAGAGGAAAUGUUUCUGGUAUGUAUGAUUUUCAGCCUGAUGGUGCUCUCGCAUCAUAAAUCACACAGGAGUUCUUUGCUUGUGAGUUCAGAUCGGAAUCUUAGAUCGCAUAACAUGGUGUGAUUUCGUGAUGAAAGACAACAGAGUGUGAGCGCUGCUGCGAUGACGCUUGUCUAAAAUCCACCAAAGGAGGACAGCAAGUGCACGGCACCGCU